AUGAUGUCGGGCGAUUUAGCCGAGUCCCCUAUCUGUUCUUCUGAUAAAAACUUUUGUGUUAGUAACAGGCUUUUUGAUCAACCUUCCGCAUCGUCUGACUUCUCAAUUUCUAAACCUGGCGUACAUAAAAGAACAUCUUCCAAGCCUAUUUAUUGUCAUCCUAAGCGUCAACGAUCGUCUUAUGGAAGGAGCUUAACUCAAAAAAGUGUGAAGUUUGGUGAUGUUGAAGUCUACAAAUUCCUCCGAGAGCAGGGAUUUGUUUCUGUCCCUGACAAGGGUGGCUGCACGCUUGGUAUGGCGGCCAAGCAUUUUACAGUUGAUCGGUAUGAUAUCCAUCACUAUCGGAUGAUUAAAAAAUUUAAGCGAAAGUUGAUGCAAGAUCAAGCAGCUCGUACUGGUCCCUCUUUGCUGACUUCUGGUGUGUCUAGCAGAAAACGUGGUCGAGGAAGGGGGCGGUUUCGUGAUGCGGUGUCUUCCCCUUGUUCACCAUCUUCGGUAACUCCCGGAACUCGUUCAAGCUUGAGUCCAGGAGAUUCGCGCAGGGUUCCGAUUUUUCCAUCUCCUCCUAACUUAUCUCCUCAACCAUACAAUGCCGAGGCUCCGUGUGAUUUUUUAUUUAUGCUUAAUUCGAAACUACUUCCCAUGGAUCAGGGGGGCUUCGCUUUUUGUGGGGCAGGCACUCCACCUCGUCUAUCACCACCAUCUCCCGGUCGUUAUUUCCGCCGGGAGGGCUACAAUACACCCGUGCUUAAGGAAAACCUUGUGCUAAGCCCCACCGACACUGAUUCUGAUGUUUCGUUGGAUCAAUUCCCACCUAUAAAUUCACCUUGCAGAACCCGAAUCAGAAAGACCUCCGCGAAACUUUUGCCCAUUCACUCAACCGCGAGGGCUCGU